AUGUCCGACCUAGAAACAUUCAACUUCAUCCCGCUACAAAUUGACCCAAAAUCCAAAGCCAUAUCCUGCCCGUCGCUACCAAACGACAAGGCGCUCCAGGCCGAGCUGGAAGCCCUCAACGCGCUGCACCGCUCGCUGCUGGCCCUCGACAGCCCCGGCGUCCCGCCGCCGCCCUUCCCCGUCAACCCCAAGCGCAGCGCCAACGUCAACAAACUCCGCGAGAGCGGCAACGCCGCCUACCGCAAGCAAAACCACGACGAGGCCAUAAAGUUCUACUCGCUCGGCCUCCAGAUGGCGCUGACCCGUCCUCCCUGGGAGCCCAGCCAGAUCGUGCGCGAGGAGGCCCACCAGCUGUACGGCAACCGCGCCCAGGCGCUCAUGCAGCUGGGCCGCUGGCCCGAGGCGGCUGUUGACGCCGAGGCCAGUGUUGAGGCUAAGAAGCAGGGCAACGCCAAGGCUUGGUACAGGAGGGGGAAGUGUCUUCUUGAGAUGGGCAGGUGGGCCGAGGCGCGCGAGUGGUUGGCCAAGGGUCUUGAGUUUGAGGGGGAGGAGAAGGAGCUGAUUGAGUUGUUGGCUGAGGCGGAUCGGAGGUUGGCUGGUGAAAAGGCGGCUAGGGAUGCGUAG